GCAAGGAGAUCACCCUGAAGAGCUCGGAGGAGGAGGAGUUCCGCGUAUCGGAAGCGGCGGCAAAGCUGUCUUCGCUCCUCGCCGACAUGAUCAAGGACAAAGGCCUCGCCAACGACGUCAUCCCGCUCCCCAAAGUCCCUUCCCGAGCCCUCUACACGGUGAUCAAGUACUGCACCAAGCACGCCAACGCCGCCACCAAGCCCGCCGACUCCGACCCCAGCGCUGCGGCCGGCAGCAGCAGUGCCAACGCCGCGGCAUCGUCCGAGGACCUGGAGAAGUGGGACCGCGAGCUCGUCGACAGCCUCGGCCAGGACGCCCUCUACGACCUCAUGCUCGCCGCCAACUACCUCGAUAUCCAGGGGCUCCUCGACGCCAUCUGCCAGAAGGUCGCCGACAUGAUCAAGGGCAAGACCACCGCGCAGAUCCGCGCCACCUUCAACAUCGUCAACGACUUCACCGAGGCGGAGGAGGAGGAGAUCCGAAGGGAGUACGCCUGGGCUUUCGACAACUAG